AUUGCCCCUGGAAUGAAUCUCUCAAGUGCUAUAAACUUGACUUGCACGAGCCAAGUCAUGAUUGAGAAUACCACCAUUGACAUAGUUUCUCUAGUUUGUAACUCAACUUCCACAAACUCAACUCCUGAACCAUCUGCAACGCCAACAUCGGAGCCAACAUCAACACCAGAAACAACACCAACGCCAACACCAGAGACAACACCAACACCAGAAACAACACCAACGCCAACACCAGAGACAACACCAACACCAGAGACAACACCAACACCAGAAACAACACCAACACCAACACCAGAGACAACACCAACACCAGAAACAACACCUACACCAACGCCAGAACCAUCAUCAUCAGAAAGCAAUGAAUCAAUAGACAGCAAUGAAUCGUCAAAAAGCAAUGAAUCAUCGGAUAGCAAUGAAUCAUCAGAUAGCAAUGAAUCAUCGGAUAGCAAUGAAUCGUCGGAUAGCAAUGAAUCGUCGGAUAGCAAUGAAUCAUAAUCACAAAACAGUCAUUGAGAAGAAAGUAAAAAGCCUCGGGAUUUUUGUUUUAACUGAUAAAAAAAAUGCACAGGGCUGCAAUGAGUUGCAAGUUC